GGGAAACCCGUUUUACCCGAGGUGCAGGAAGUCCACACCCCUACAUACCCUUCGGAAUUUACAAACGGCAGAGGCAACAGAAAAAAUAUGCACGGCACAAGGGGAGGAUAUAUUUGGUUGUUGAUAAAAGGUCAAGAAAGGUCAGAAAUGUAUCAUAUAUACGAUUUUUUAAAAUAGUAUACAUAUAACCGGAGUGAAUUUUAGGCGAGGCAAGUAUUUACACAAUAACAAGUCAAUAUGUUAGAAGCUUUCGUAUUCGUAGGAAAUGCUAUCAUCGAAUCGGGCGCCUGCCUCAUCAUAGUUCUAGCACCAGAGCAAUUAUUCCCUCAGCUUAAAGGUGCCGAUUUCCUGGCCGUUUCGGACUACCACUCGCCCAUGGAGUUGUGCCGGUUUUGGGGUGCAGCCAUUGGUGCAUUGGUGGUGAUGAAUACCGCGUGUGUGUUCGACAGUCAAGCUUCGUAUGGGAAGCGUGCCGUGGCAAUGGGCAUGGUAGUGUACCACACUGCUAUUACCUACUUCAUGGCGCAGCGGGUGCUGCACUUUCCCGCCGUGGGAGGGGUGGCACAGGAGUACAUGGCCCAUGUGGGAGUGUGCGGUAUCCAUACUUUCAUGGGAGGGCUUACCUCGUACUGGCUACUAACCAGCCGAGCAACCCCAAAGAGCAAGCUGUUCUAAGACUCAUUUGAGAGUGAGAUAGACCGUCUGCCAUUGCAAAGCACGUUAUGAGAGGAGUGAUACACACUACUCUUGUGAAACACCUGUAUGUGAGGUAUGGUACGUACACUUAGAAAAAAAAUGAGCUGGCGACCAGUGCGAAUAAACGUUUCUCCCAGCGUGUAUAA